CAACAACCCAGAUCACACACACACGCCCUCGCAAGAUGCAGUUGGGUCUCUCAGAAAGCCUGUCUUCCCUGGUAAGCAGGCGAUUUGUCGCUGCCAGGGAUGCCGGUCACUUAAUCUUCUCUUCGACGCAUCUUGCGACCGUCCACACAUCAAGCAUACCGUAUCAAGUUCGCUAUUGCCCGGCUCUUGCGAAGAAACCCACAGGCGCCCCUAAGCCUGACAAGGCCCCCAGUGGCCCGAAACCCGAUCCCUUCCAAGAUCCGUCUCCCGACCUUCUCCUCGCUCAGAUCCCCCGUGAGAACCCGUCACACGUGCUGGUCUUGAACAAAUUUCCUGUAAUACCGAAUCACUUUAUUCUUGCUACGAAGGCGUGGCAGUCGCAGACAGACCUCCUCGACAAGGAAGACCUGGAAGCCGCAUAUGCCUGUAUCAAAGCAUGGGCCGAGGGAAGUCAGCCGGAGGGCCAAGGGAGCAAGAAACUCUUUGCCUUCUUCAAUUCUGGUGACGAGAGCGGUGCAAGUCAACCCCACAGGCAUCUACAGUUUCUUCCCGUCGAGGCUAUGGCACAAGGCGACUCUCAAAACUGGCAGCCCUUGAUUGACGUUGUGGCCCGGCAGUCUACAUCCACCGGGACUGGUUACCAACAUUUGGCCCAGGUGCCUUUUGCGCAUUUUGCUCGUCCCUUGCCACCAAACCCCUCUAGUGAGACUCUCCAUCAGAUCUACCUGUCUUUGUACAGAGCGGCAGUAGCAACGGCAAAGGAAGGCCUCAGUGACGCCGGCCAAGUCACUGGUCCUGCUGCCAUUAGUUACAAUCUUGCUAUGACCGAGACAACCAUGAUGAUCUGCCCGAGGCGGAGUGAAAGUGCCCGGAUUAUGGUUGACUCCACAGCAGCUGUAGAUGUUGCGGAGGCGGGCGUUGUCGCACUUAACGGCACAGUCCUUGCUGGUACCCUGAUGGUCAAGGCGGAGGCCGAAUGGGACGAGUUGCGUCGGAACCCUACUUCGCUACAUAAUGUGCUUGCAGCUAUUGGAUACCCUCAGCCAGAUGCGCGGGAAGUUUCUUUGUUGUAGAUCGAUAUGAGCAGAGAUAUGACUUGAUUAGAUAUUUUGCAUGAUAGGUAUAUUGAAUAGAAGUAAUUGAG